AUGAAUGUCUCCCUUCCGUUGGCUCUGCACCUUCGCAGCCCCGUAACAUUCGAUUGGGACACGAAACAGCGGUUGAAGCCUGGCACGCGAUUCAAAGAAGGCUUCUCACUGGAUGAGUUCUUCUUCAUCAAUAACCAUUCCGCUCGGGAUAAAUCAACUGUCCUCUUUGCAGACAUCCUGCGGCCCAUCUUCGAUCACCAAAAUUGGUCACAGCUAUAUGUUUUCUUCACCAAACGCUAUUCUGAGGAAGAGGGAUCACUCGAUGCUGAGAUUCGUACCGUGAAUUUACCCGACAAAGGCUCAACGUGGAACGAACCGGCCGUUAUCUCCAUCAAGACGGACCCUAGCUCCGUCGGCUUACCUAAGGACUUCAUAGGCCUCCUUGGAACAGCAAACAUCACUUGCCACUCAGGUAUGGUGGGGACUGAUACACAGCCUUGCGCUAUCGGUCCGGCCAUCAGUUUUGCCUGUGGCCCAGGGACGUACAUGGACCUUACCUAUGCCGGUCAGCCACCUGGAAAGUAUCAGGAGUACCUAUACCACGAUGGCAAGCUGGAAAGACAUAUAAAUUCCGAAUACCAAGUCGUGGCUGAGCCCAUCGAGACGACGGAGAAAGGUGGCCGAGGACGCUAUUGGGCGGAAUGGGCUCGUCUGUGGACUGCCAUUGCGGAAUGGGUGUGGGAGUACGACAGUGAGGUACGCGCAUUAGAUGAUUGGCCUGAGCUCCGCUUUAAAUGGGAACUCAGUGCCGAAGAAAUUCGCUCUUUCGAUAUAUGUGGUAAAGUCCCGCGCGAAUACCUCAAAACCCAUGCUAUCCAAGCUGCUGAUGCCAUUCGUGAUGUCUUUGUUCAACUAGCGCAUGAACCUCGGCGCUUCCAGGGAAUCGAAUGGGACUUUCUCGAUAUAGGGGUGCUUCAAGAGGUGCAAAACGCAUUCCAUGCACGCUUCGGGAUGAAAAACCCGGACCCCGCAGUUAAUCGGGACGACUUGCUGCGCCAGGUUGUGCGCAGUGGCUCUGUAGCGUAUGAUGGAUACUCGGAAGCAUAUGAUGAGGGUGGGAAUGUUGUCGUCGUGAAGAGGGUCUUCCAGGCGCUUUGGGCUGUUUUGCUGUUAUCCCACAUUCCGGUGCAUAUCAAGAUUAUCAAGCCCGGUGAAAAGUUUCCGAAGUAUCGAGAUUUGGAGACUGUUUAUAUUUAG